UCCGGUUGGAAAUUGCUUCGCGCUUAUUGAUUGUCCUAUUCUUGAAUUCUCAUUGGUAGAUACUAACAAACCGCCAAAAAUACUCGAAUCCAGCCAAUAAAAGAUGGCCAUUUAAUGACCAAAGGCCAAUAUCCGUUCAAGAUGGCCGACAAAACUAUACCUAUUUUUGUUCCAUCCGAAAAGCCUGUAAAAGUGAUAAAGUGGAAAGUAAAACAAGGUGCUUUUGUCUCGCAAGGUCAGAUUUUAUUUUUAUACAAUGAUUCGUCAGGCAGCAACACGGAUUUGAAAAAAUACAAAGCGGCGCGUGCUGGUACCCUAUCGUCGAUCAAGGUGAAGGAAGGAGACAUUUCAGAGCCUGGAUCCAUAGUAGCUGAGUUAGAAGCAUGUCUGCAUUCUACUGUGAUGAAGGAGAUGUGUGCAGAAUGUGGGGCAGAUCUGCGGAGCGACGACGGCCCCAAUCGAGACGUGGCUGUAGUACCCAUGGUUCACUCAAUACCUGAACUGAAGGUUUCCGAAGAAUUGGCUCAAAAACUUGGCCGUGAAGAUGCUGAACGCCUACUUAAGGACAAGAAACUAGUGCUGCUUGUUGAUUUGGAUCAGACAUUGGUGCACACCACCAAUGACAAUGUUCCACCAAACUUGAAGGGUGUCCUACAUUUUUUCUUACGUGGGCCUGGCAGCCCUGGUCGCUGGUGUCACACCAGACUAAGGCCAGGAACAAAGGAAUUCCUGGAGUCUGCGGCUAAAAACUACGAACUCCAUGUGUGCACAUUCGGAGCAAGACAGUAUGCUCAUGCUGUUGCUGACCUUCUGGACCCUGAGAAGAAGUUCUUUUCUCAUAGAAUAUUAUCAAGGGAUGAAUGCUUUGAUGCUAGAACAAAAGCUGCUAAUUUAAAAGCGCUGUUUCCAUGCGGCGACAACAUGGUCUGCAUAAUAGACGACAGAGAAGACGUGUGGCGCCACGCCACCAACCUUAUACACGUGCGGCCCUACUCUUUCUUCCAGUCCACGGGCGAUAUCAACGCGCCACCGCCUUUACCAGAAGAGAAAUCGAAACUCCCUAGUGGUAAAAACGGCGCACAAGCAUCAACCGCGAACCUACCCACCUUAGACGAAGAAACGGAACAAAAAGAUAGUGAAAAAGAUAAAACAAAAGAUAGUGAAACCAGUGAGGACAAAUCUGUUCCUGAAACCAGUGAGAAAGAAAGCGAAAAGGGAACAGAAAAAGAAGAAAAGGCCAGUGAAGAAGAGAAGAUGGAAGAAAGUUCAGAGCCUCAGUGGGUUGAGACUUCAGAUGGGCAGAUAGAAGUUGAAGAUCCGGACGAUUACUUAAUUUAUUUAGAUGAUAUACUUAAAAGAAUACACAAACAUUUCUACGACCUCUACGAGGAAACAAAGAGCAAUCAGAUACCGGAUUUAAAAUGCAUCAUCCCCGAAGUAAAAAGCCAAGUCUUGGCUGGUGCUAGCUUGGUGUUCAGUGGUCUCGUGCCCACGCACCAGCGGCUGGAAACCUCGCGGGCUUACCAGGUAGCCAGGAGUUUGGGCGCGGAGGUCACGCAGGACUACACGGAGAAUACCACGCAUCUGGUUGCAGUGAGAGCAGGAACAGCAAAAGUGAACGCGAGCCGGCGCUCUCACCGGGCGACGAAGCUGCACGUGGUGACGCCGGCCUGGCUGUGGGCGUGCGCCGAGCGCUGGGAGCACGUCGACGAGCGGCUGUUCCCGCUGCAGCGCGCCGCGCAGGUACCGUGCCGGCGCCGGCUCCGGCCGAGUGCACGCGAGCCGGCGCUCCCACCGGCCGGCGGAGCACGUGGGGACGCCGGCCUGGCUGUGGGCGUGCGCCGAGCGCUGGGAGCACGUCGACGAGCGGCUGUUCCCGCUGCAGCGCGCCGCGCAGGUACCGUGCCGGCGCCGGCUCCGGCCGAGUGCACGCGAGCCGGCGCUCCCACCGGCCGGCGGAGCACGUGGGGACGCCGGCCUGGCUGUGGGCGUGCGCCGAGCGCUGGGAGCACGUCGACGAGCGGCUGUUCCCGCUGCAGCGCGCCGCGCAGGUACCGUGCCGGCGCCGGCUCCGGCCGAGUGCACGCGAGCCGGCGCUCCCACCGGCCGGCGGAGCACGUGGGGACGCCGGCCUGGCUGUGGGCGUGCGCCGAGCGCUGGGAGCACGUCGACGAGCGGCUGUUCCCGCUGCAGCGCGCCGCGCAGGUACCGUGCCGGCGCCGGCUCCGGCCGAGUGCACGCGAGCCGGCGCUCCCACCGGCCGGCGGAGCACGUGGGGACGCCGGCCUGGCUGUGGGCGUGCGCCGAGCGCUGGGAGCACGUCGACGAGCGGCUGUUCCCGCUGCAGCGCGCCGCGCAGGUACCGUGCCGGCGCCGGCUCCGGCCGAGUGCACGCGAGCCGGCGCUCCCACCGGCCGGCGGAGCACGUGGGGACGCCGGCCUGGCUGUGGGCGUGCGCCGAGCGCUGGGAGCACGUCGACGAGCGGCUGUUCCCGCUGCAGCGCGCCGCGCAGGUACCGUGCCGGCGCCGGCUCCGGCCGAGUGCACGCGAGCCGGCGCUCCCACCGGCCGGCGGAGCACGUGGGGACGCCGGCCUGGCUGUGGGCGUGCGCCGAGCGCUGGGAGCACGUCGACGAGCGGCUGUUCCCGCUGCAGCGCGCCGCGCAGGUACCGUGCCGGCGCCGGCUCCGGCCGAGUGCACGCGAGCCGGCGCUCCCACCGGCCGGCGGAGCACGUGGGGACGCCGGCCUGGCUGUGGGCGUGCGCCGAGCGCUGGGAGCACGUCGACGAGCGGCUGUUCCCGCUGCAGCGCGCCGCGCAGGUACCGUGCCGGCGCCGGCUCCGGCCGAGUGCACGCGAGCCGGCGCUCCCACCGGCCGGCGGAGCACGUGGGGACGCCGGCCUGGCUGUGGGCGUGCGCCGAGCGCUGGGAGCACGUCGACGAGCGGCUGUUCCCGCUGCAGCGCGCCGCGCAGGUACCGUGCCGGCGCCGGCUCCGGCCGAGUGCACGCGAGCCGGCGCUCCCACCGGCCGGCGGAGCACGUGGGGACGCCGGCCUGGCUGUGGGCGUGCGCCGAGCGCUGGGAGCACGUCGACGAGCGGCUGUUCCCGCUGCAGCGCGCCGCGCAGGUACCGUGCCGGCGCCGGCUCCGGCCGAGUGCACGCGAGCCGGCGCUCCCACCGGCCGGCGGAGCACGUGGGGACGCCGGCCUGGCUGUGGGCGUGCGCCGAGCGCUGGGAGCACGUCGACGAGCGGCUGUUCCCGCUGCAGCGCGCCGCGCAGGUACCGUGCCGGCGCCGGCUCCGGCCGAGUGCACGCGAGCCGGCGCUCCCACCGGCCGGCGGAGCACGUGGGGACGCCGGCCUGGCUGUGGGCGUGCGCCGAGCGCUGGGAGCACGUCGACGAGCGGCUGUUCCCGCUGCAGCGCGCCGCGCAGGUACCGUGCCGGCGCCGGCUCCGGCCGAGUGCACGCGAGCCGGCGCUCCCACCGGCCGGCGGAGCACGUGGGGACGCCGGCCUGGCUGUGGGCGUGCGCCGAGCGCUGGGAGCACGUCGACGAGCGGCUGUUCCCGCUGCAGCGCGCCGCGCAGGUACCGUGCCGGCGCCGGCUCCGGCCGAGUGCACGCGAGCCGGCGCUCCCACCGGCCGGCGGAGCACGUGGGGACGCCGGCCUGGCUGUGGGCGUGCGCCGAGCGCUGGGAGCACGUCGACGAGCGGCUGUUCCCGCUGCAGCGCGCCGCGCAGGUACCGUGCCGGCGCCGGCUCCGGCCGAGUGCACGCGAGCCGGCGCUCCCACCGGCCGGCGGAGCACGUGGGGACGCCGGCCUGGCUGUGGGCGUGCGCCGAGCGCUGGGAGCACGUCGACGAGCGGCUGUUCCCGCUGCAGCGCGCCGCGCAGGUACCGUGCCGGCGCCGGCUCCGGCCGACUGCACGCGAGCCGGCGCUCCCACCGGCCGGCGGAGCACGUGGGGACGCCGGCCUGGCUGUGGGCGUGCGCCGAGCGCUGGGAGCACGUCGACGAGCGGCUGUUCCCGCUGCAGCGCGCCGCGCAGAGCAGCUCGCGGCGCCCGCCCGCGCACUGCAGCAGCCCGCCGCCGCCCGCGCCGCGACGCCGCACGCCCUCCGGCCGCUUCAUGGACACCCUCAACCCGCUGCUGUCCUUCUCCAGCGACGACAUCGCCGACAUGGACCGCGAGGUGAGCCCGCGCCGACGACACUCAGGCUGGGGACAUGUAGUCAGACGCCGCACGCCCUCCGGCCGCUUCAUGGACACCCUCAACCCGCUGCUGUCCUUCUCCAGCGACGACAUCGCCGACAUGGACCGCGAGGUGAGCCCGCGCCGACGACACUCAGGCUGGGGACAUGUAGUCAGACGCCGCACGCCCUCCGGCCGCUUCAUGGACACCCUCAACCCGCUGCUGUCCUUCUCCAGCGACGACAUCGCCGACAUGGACCGCGAGGUGAGCCCGCGCCGACGACACUCAGGCUGGGGACAUGUAGUCAGACGCCGCACGCCCUCCGGCCGCUUCAUGGACACCCUCAACCCGCUGCUGUCCUUCUCCAGCGACGACAUCGCCGACAUGGACCGCGAGGUGAGCCCGCGCCGACGACACUCAGGCUGGGGACAUGUAGUCAGACGCCGCACGCCCUCCGGCCGCUUCAUGGACACCCUCAACCCGCUGCUGUCCUUCUCCAGCGACGACAUCGCCGACAUGGACCGCGAGGUGAGCCCGCGCCGACGACACUCAGGCUGGGGACAUGUAGUCAGACGCCGCACGCCCUCCGGCCGCUUCAUGGACACCCUCAACCCGCUGCUGUCCUUCUCCAGCGACGACAUCGCCGACAUGGACCGCGAGGUGAGCCCGCGCCGACGACACUCAGGCUGGGGACAUGUAGUCAGACGCCGCACGCCCUCCGGCCGCUUCAUGGACACCCUCAACCCGCUGCUGUCCUUCUCCAGCGACGACAUCGCCGACAUGGACCGCGAGGUGAGCCCGCGCCGACGACACUCAGGCUGGGGACAUGUAGUCAGACGCCGCACGCCCUCCGGCCGCUUCAUGGACACCCUCAACCCGCUGCUGUCCUUCUCCAGCGACGACAUCGCCGACAUGGACCGCGAGGUGAGCCCGCGCCGACGACACUCAGGCUGGGGACAUGUAGUCAGACGCCGCACGCCCUCCGGCCGCUUCAUGGACACCCUCAACCCGCUGCUGUCCUUCUCCAGCGACGACAUCGCCGACAUGGACCGCGAGGUGAGCCCGCGCCGACGACACUCAGGCUGGGGACAUGUAGUCAGACGCCGCACGCCCUCCGGCCGCUUCAUGGACACCCUCAACCCGCUGCUGUCCUUCUCCAGCGACGACAUCGCCGACAUGGACCGCGAGGUUGAAGAUAUUUUUAAUGAAUCAGAUGAGAGUUCUUCAGAUGAGGAAACGAAAAAUCGAGGGGAUGACCUAGAUGACGAAGAAAAUCCACCAGAGGACAGACUAAUAUCUGUUGAAAAUGAAGACACAGAAGACAGAUUACUAAACAAAGGAGAUGAUGACAUAUCCAGUGAUUCAGAUUUAGAUGGUGAGCCCAAACCUAGGAAACGGAAGCGGCCGUCUACGCCUCCGUCAGACGACGAGCCGCCCGAUGACGAUGACAGCUCCUGGAACCUCAUGGGAGCUGCGCUAGAAAGAGAGUUCCUCGCGCAGGACUGAUGCCACCGACACACGACCCGCUACCGAAAUAAACUGUUUUUUUUUCUCAA